GGAUCAGGUCUUCGUAGCUUAUAUCAGACCUGUCACUGAGCCUAAAGAGGACAGCCCCAUGGAUCCAACCAUCAUCAAGCUGUUGGAAGAGUUCGAGGAUUUAACCGAGCCGCCAACAGGAGUAGUGUCGCGACCGAUCCAGCAUCGGAUAGAGAUAGAGCCUGGCAGUAGGACUCCUAAGGGAGCAAUUUACAGAAUGUCCCCAAGGGAGUUCGAGGAGCUGCGCAAGCAAUUAGACGAGCUUCUCGAGAAAGGUUGGAUUAGGCCCAGUUCGUCUCCUUUCGGAGCACCGGUUCUUUUUGUCCCCAAGAAAGAGGGAGAGUUGCGGAUGUGUAUAGACUAUAGGGGUCUUAAUGCGAUUACAGUGAAGAAUGCAGAACCACUGCCCCGUAUAGAUGAUCUAUUAGAUCGAGUGCAGGGCUGCAAGUACUUUUCAAAGAUAGAUUUGAAGUCCAGAUAUCAUCAGAUAGAGGUCCAUCCUGAUGAUCAGUACAAGACCGUAUUCCGGACUAGAUACUGGCACUAUGAGUUUAUAGUGAUGCCCUUUGGACUAACCAACGCGCCAGCUACCUUCCAGCGUUGUAUGAACGACUUGUUUAGACUGUGGUUAGAUAGAUUCGUAGUCGUAUAUUUGGAUGAUAUCUUAGUGUUUAGUAAGACCCUCCAGGAGCAUGAAGGUCAUCUGAGGCAGGUCUUGGAGAAGCUGAGAGAAGCUAACUUCAAGAUCAACGCGAAGAAGUGCAAAUGGGCCAAGACGCAAGUUCUAUACUUGGGCCAUGUGUUAGAUGGAGAUGGCAUAAAGCCUGAGGAUAGCAAAAUAUCAGCGAUCUGGGACUGGCCGACGCCCCGCACACUAACAAAAUUGCGGUCGUUCCUAGGCCUAGCUAAUUACUACAGGAAGUUCGUGAGGAACUUUUCUACUAUCGCUGUGCCCCUUCGCAGAUUGUUAUUUAAAGAUGCAAUCUGGUGUUGGGACAAAGACUGUACUUCGGCCCUGAAGAAGCUAAAGCGGGCCUUAAUAGAGUACCCAGUCCUCAAGGUAGCCAAUCCAUCAUUGCCCUUUGUUGUCACAACUGACGCAAGUCAGUAUGGAAUAGGUGAUGUGUUGCAGCAAGAUGAUGGCAAUGGGUAUAGACCCGUAGAGUUCAUGUCUGCUAGAAUGCCUUCAGAGAAGGUUGYGACAUCUACCUAUGAGAGGGAACUCUACGCUCUYAGGCAAGCCUUAGAACAUUGGAAGCACYACUUACUUGGGAGGCACUUCAAAGUCUAUUCAGACCAUGAGACGUUGAGGUGGUUAAGGACUCAGGCCAAGAUGACACCUAAGCUUACUAGGUGGGCCGCAGAGAUAGACCAGUAUGAUUUUGAGCUCAAGCCAGUGAAAGGAAAGUACAAUGUAGUUGCGGAUGCUCUGAGUAGACGAGCCGAUUACUUUGGGGCAACAGUGCAUUACUUAGAUAUAGGAACAGACUUGCAGCAAAGAGUCGAGGAAGCGUAUGCGCAGGAUCCUAUCUAUAGCGACCUCCUUAAGGGAGUUAAGGAAGCCCCGGAGACAGAACCUCAUUACCGCACUACUGAUGGGUUGCUGUUUGAGAAGACUAACGUAGUUGACCGUUUGUGCAUUCCUAACAGUGAGGAGAUCCGUAGUUUGAUCCUAGGGGAAUGCCACGACGCAGAGGGACACUUUGGUUGGCAAAAGACUUUAGCUAACCUCUCAUGCGCGUAUACGUGGUCGGGUAUGAAAGCUGACUGCAUAGAAUACGUACGCAGUUGCAAAGUGUGUCAGAGGAACAAGACCACUACGCGAGCCCCUCUAGGUCUUCUCAGACAGACCCGGACAUUCGGUGUCCAUUGACUUUAUGGAUACUGGGGUAAAGAGUAGGCAUGGCAAGAGCCAAGUCAUGGUCGUAGUUGAUAGAUUUAGCAAGUAUG